UCACAAACAAGCUUGAAUAAGUCUACUGUGAAGGUUGGUAUAAUAGCGACCAUUAUACUUUUGACAAAGGUUGUGGGGCCUAUAAACUGUAACCUACCCUAACAAACAAAAACACACAUAAUCGAGACCGUGGAAUGCAUUUAAGGGUGAACUUAGUCUUAGGUUUUUAAUAAAACCAUGGCGUCUUCCCAACAACGAAGUACGGCGUACGUGUAACAUACUUUGAGCGGUGCAUGCUUAUUUCACGUGUGCUAGAAAGCUAAUGACCUCUACAAACGACCUGUUGACUGAGAUUUCUCACUGUCUUGGAUAGUUUACGCUGGCAACAAAAUGGCGGAUGUUGCCGCAACAGGGGAUGAGGAGCCCAAGGAUCAUUCUACUUCGGAAAUUAUAGAGGAAAGCACCGACUACACUAAUUCUGCGGGUAAUGAUGCAGAUAAAGUCCAAGAAAAUGAGAUCCCAAGUCAAGAGAACCACGAUGCCAACAUAAUCAGUAAGGGGGAGAGUGGUGAAAGUACCGGUGGCGAUAAGUUCCAAGUCAAUUUUUCAUUGAGUAUAGACUCACAACUUCUUCAAAUUCAAGACUUCAUGGUAAAGCAUCACCAAGAAGUUGCCUCAGCACCACUGAAAGACUACAGCAAGCUGGAGGAGCUGAAGCAGUGGUUAUCAGAGGCCGUCAAAGUCUACCAGAACUGUGUUAAUCAUGCUAAGGAGUUGUCCUCGAAAAUCGGAGAAGUGAGAAGUAUAGUCAGCAAUUUCAGGACAAGCAUUAGCGGAAAAAUAGAACACGAAGGUCUAAAGAGCUGGUUAUCAAAAGAGGCUGGAUCGCAAGAUUGCAAUGAAAUUGCCGAAGAAAAAUCGGUUUUAUCAUGGGCUGCAUCUGUAAAGUCCGACAUAGCAAAGGUUGCAGUAGAGUUGGCUGAAGCAAACGAAUUAGCCGGUCAAGCAGCAAGUGAAGCAGCAGAUGCAGCGAUUGCAGCCGAUACUGCCUUGAAAGAAGCGAAGAAUGCCGCCAAAGCUGCAGCAGAGGCCGCAAAAGCCGCAGAAGAAAAAGCGCGAGCAGAUGAAGAAGCACGCAUCCGAGAAGAGGAAAAAAGGAAGAAAAAAGAAGAGGAAGAAAGAAAGAAAAGGGAAGAAGAGGAAAAGAAACGCAAAGAACUAGAAAGCAUAAAAGGCACCCCUGAAGAAAUCGAACGCCAAAAGGAGGAGGAAGAAAGAAAAAGACAAGAGGCUGAAAGAAGAGACCCAAACAACUGGCCACUUUUCACCUAUCGGUAUAAUGAAGAGCAAAUCGAUUUUGAUCUUGGUAUCAUGGCUGUGGUUCGCUCAAUGCCCUGGACCAUGGAUCCGGAUGAUGAAGAGAGUCUGCAAUGUAAAAAACUAAACCAACUCGACUCUACUCUCACAAUUGCGGAAAACGAGGAGCUAGUCAGCAACAUUGUGGAAAUCGUCCCAUCCAGUGAGAAAGUAGUUUUCAAGUUUGAGGAGCCUUUGGCUGUUGCAAUCCCACACUGCGCACAAAAAGUUUCCAGUCGAGAACUUGCUGUUAAAUACUUGGAGACAGGGAAGGAUAAGUGGAGGGAGUUACCGUCGCAGGAGAUCAUUCUUCAGGAUUUACGGGAAGCAAAAUUUGUCCAGUGUCGUCUGAAGACAUUCGGCCAGUUUGCAGUGGUGACAAGGUUAAAGCUAGAUCGACUAGUGCCCAAUAAGAAAGACGGCAAGAUGUCGUCAACCGUUGAUCAGCGCCUAGUGCUGCACUGCAGACCUGGGACUGUACCUUCAACUGCUACCUUCGGGCUGCAAGUACAACCGGUUGACUCAUUCGCGAUUUCUGAGCUAAAAGUACGCUUAUCCGAGGAUUGCGGCCCCUUGCUUACCUGUAGCCCUAUCGUACGCUUCCAAUGUAGCACGUCCAAGUUCAAGAAACCCAUACAGGUGACCAUACCAUGCCCUCCCAACCCUAAGGCGAAGCGACCGCAGACUGCACGACCCAAAGAGAAGGAGGGAAAGUCCACGCGACCGUCCUCGGCUUUCUCGCUUGGUUUAAAACAAAAGGCUGAAGAUGAUGACUUAGAAGAUACUGUGUUCUUGCUGACAAGAACAGAAGGCGACGAGGGGUGGAUUGUAAUGGCGGACAUAGACAUAAGUGAAUCGAAGAAAAAAGACGCAGUCAUAUUUGAAAUUACGAAACCAUAUGAUAGGUUCAUGGCACUAAGGCUGAAGCAUGGAGCUGGUGGAAUGAAAGCACAAAAGCUUGCAAAUCUAAUAGAAACGGCCCUUCAGAAACGAACGGUAAGAGCAGUUCUGCGUCAAAAAUCUGACGAUCCGUCCGACGUUAGUCUUCAAUGUCUUGCCGCUAACAAAAUAGACAAAGCUCUUCGUAAGAUGACCGAAGAAGGUUUUGACGAUGGUCCACCUGCGAGUAAAGAUCUAGUACUUACCGAGGGACAAGAACUGUUUUUGCGUUUCCGUGGAAACAUUCAAUGCGAGGACGAAGAGGAAAUUCUCAAUUUUUGCUUUAACUCACAGUUAAAGAGCGGCGUCAAUAUAUACGUGACGGAAAUAGAUAAAUUUGCUCAGAAGAGUCUAGACUGUUAUCGUGGCUUCGUCCAAGUGUACACCAAAGGCAUGAUAAAACAGAUUAUAAAGAAAGAGAACGAAGACAGAGACGCAGUUGGCGGAAAGAGUGGUCCAAAAGAGGAAGUGACGUGGGUGAUGGGGGAUAUUCUACUUUGUGAACUGCUGGUCAGUUUACCUAAGCCUGAGCCAGAAGCUCCUAAACCUUUGGUCCAAAAAGCACCUGUCACAUUUAUUCCUGAUGGUCCGGUCGAUGAAAGUGUUCUUCGUAAUAUUGCGACUGAUCUUGGUGAUGAAUGGAAGAAGGUUGCACAUAUUUUGAAUAUUCGAAAAAGUCGCGUACAGGCUAUCCUGCGGAAUAAUGUCAACAGCGACAACGAAGUGGCUAUAUACGAUAUGCUGAUCACUUGGGCAAAGAAAGUGCCAAGAUCAAUGGACAAGGUAGAGCUGCUGGGAAAAGCGCUGACAUCGGCGGGUCGCCCUGAUCUUGCAUAUAUUGUGUAUGAACAUGAUGAUGAAUACAGGCAGAAAAGAGCCGAGGACAUAAAAGAUAACAUAUUACGCAAAGCCUUCAUUAAAAUCUGCCAGGACAGCCAAGUCCAUGCAAACUAUGUUAAACUGUCCCGUCAGCUCAAAGUGACAGACGAACAGUUGAAGAAUAUUGAAGGAGAGUAUGAUGGCAUGCGGGAAAAAAUCUUCCAAAUCCUCGUGAAAUGGAGGGAAAAUCUUGGACCACGUGCUGAGCUCCUUCUUCUUGUGAAAGCGCUUAGGAGAAUAAGAUUGCUUGAGUUAUCAGAGCAAGUGCAGCUUGUUGGCUAGAAAUGACAUUUUAGCAACUAAUCCGAUAUUGUUGCUCUGGAUGCAUUAUAUUCCUCCUUUUGUUUAGAUGAAGUUACGUGUUCCAGUAACUACUUUAAUGUUUUCUGGAUCUAAGCAUUAUGAGUAAUGUCGUAACAUUAUCACAGAUUAAGCUGUUAAAUUAUUUUCAUAUCGUUCUGUUCUGUUCUAAAAGUAUUUCUAAAUAUUUAAAUGUUCUAAAAGUAUUAUUAAAAUAGAUUUACGCAUUACUUGUUUUACAUUGUGCCGUAAUGGACUAGAUAAGUGUCCAGUGCUUGUUCUUUUAAAAGUGAAACCUCUUUUUUACGUUGAAUUUCUCCAAGGUGUAAUUUCGUUUUGUUUGUUGCUUUUAUGUAAAAGUGUCACGUCCUUGCAGUAAACCGCUGCUUUAAUCAUAGUAGGCCUACUUUACUCCAGAAUAAAAGUCUGUUAUUUUUA